GAGGACAAUCUGCGUUGCUUCCAACGUUUUCGCCAACACCCACAAAAUCCAUUAACCUUGAAACUAAUGUUACCGAAAUAUCGUUACCCAAGCCCACUAACCUCGAUAAUAUUGCUAAUUUGGUAGAUGGAUGUGCAAUAAUUCACAAUAAAUUUAAAGCAGCAAACGUACCCGGACAGGAUAUUUCCUUUUCCAUUUCGGAUGUCAGAUCUUGUUAUAAAUCAUUUAAAUUUGAUGAAAACAUAAGAACUGGCACAAUAGAUACUAUUAAGAAAAUUCUCAAUGGAUUUUAUGUUUUUAUCGAUCAAGUUAAUAAACCGCCCAAACCCGGUUUCAAUUUUGACCCAGUUGACAUCUCGAAAGAACUUGAUUCGUUAGCCAAAAAAGAGUACAAUGAUGACUUUGAAUUCGCGACUGAUGUGAUCAACCUGAUAAUUAAGAUGAAAGACCCGCAUACUUUUUACUUUCCAAUUUGUUAUACAAGGUUUACUUUCACUCAACAGCUGGCCCUAUAUUCCACAGUUGCAGAUGAUGGUUCACAGCUGAUCAAAGUCUUUAAGGAUAAUUUGGACUCAAAUAACAAAAAUUGUGUGGUUGAUACGAUCGAUGAUAACCCAGCGCUGGAUGCUAUCAAACAAUACGCACGUGACAAUGUUUUCGUCUCCAAAGAUCUUGGCGUUCGAUUCAAUAUGGCAUUGGCUUCAUUGGCAUUGUUUAAUGGAAAAUUUCAACUUCACCCGAGAUCUUCUCAAUUCAAUAUUCGAUUAAUCUUACCCGAUAAAGAUUCCAUCACUUACACUUUGAAAUGUGGUUCAGAAACUAAAAAAGUUGUAAGAGAAUGGGUAGCUUUUAUAAACGAUGGGGAUGAUCUUAAUAGUUUCUCUGAUUCCGCUUCUUAUUGGUCAAAAUUUUGUGUCAACCCUUCCGCGCCCGCACCUUCUAAGCCUCCUGAAUCUUCCCAACCUUCUAAAUCUGCCCAACCUUCCCAACCUUCUAAAUCUACCCAACUUCUUAAAAAAUCUACUAAACCUCCUAAAUCUACCCAACUUCUUAAGUCCUCAAAACUUCCUAAAUCUCAUCGACUUCCUGGACGUUUCCGAUCUUUUAAACCUAAAUUUUUACGUCAUAAAUUUUCGAAAUCCCUUUUAAAAUUGGGUCGCCGUCCAAUGUAUCGACUUCGAAAUGAUUUUGACCCUCUGAAAAUGAACGAUGCUAAUUUGUUCAAAGAAGAUGUCGUGUUCAGUGAUGCCACGUUAGUUGCUGAUGCAAAAUUGGCACAGUUUUACAAGUUGAAGAGUAAAAGUAAUAUCGGGGUUGCCAUGAUUUCGACCGAAGAAAUUACUGAUCUUUUCACAAGUUAUAAUGAUGCUUUUGUUAGUCUUACGAAAGGUUUCAAUUCAUUGGCAAAUACUGGUGUUACUAAACUCAUUCUUGAUUUGUCGAAUAAUGAAGGUGGUUUAACUAUUAUUGCUCAUUUUAUCAAUAAAAUAUUAUUCCCUGCUACAUAUCCCGCUUUCCCAACCGAUUUUAGCCUUACUGACAUUAAAAAGGCUGCAAUUGAAGCCGUUGACGUUAAAAAUCCACCGUUUUCCUUGUUCGACCGCAAUAUUUAUCUAUCUUCCCCUGUUGUGGAGUUUGUUUGUUAUCAGAUAAGCCUAAUCUGUCCAGGAAAAGAACUUAUUGAUAACGGAGUUUUUGGGAGACCACCAACUGACACAGUUGUAACGUUAUUCAAUUCAACAAUGUGUAAUGCAAUUGACGAACAAGCAGACCCACAAUAA